AUCGUAGCAAGCAGUUUCAGCUGCCUCCGAUUUGUUCCCUGUGCUCGUCGUUCUUUCCUUAUUGGACGGAAUCAGAGGUUUUUCAGAGCAGAAAGCUCCAUUUCUUUACUCUGUUGACUUCCUGGCUACCGAAAAAUAGACCAGCAUUAUGGAAGAAAGUAAAAACCAUCUUUCAGAACAAAGUACGAAAGGGUUUGCUAAAAGCACCAAGGAUCAAAAAGAAAAACUAAAUGUGUAUGUGUGGGACAUGGAUGAGACCAUCAUCCUGCUCAAGUCUUUGUUGGAUGGGACAUAUGCUAAGGCUUUUGGUGGUUCAAAGGACGUUAAAAGGGGUGAAGAACUUGGAAAAAUGUGGGAGAAGGAGAUUCUCGAUCUGUGUGAUCAUUUCUUCUUCUAUGAACAAAUAGAAAACUAUAAUCAACCCUUUCUUGAUGCAUUGAAUGAAUAUGACGAUGGUCGCGAUCUUUCUAAUUAUGAUUUUGAUCAAGAUGGUUUUGGUCCACCAUGUGAUGAUGUAAACAAAAGAAAAUUGGCUUUUAGGCAACGCGCAAUAACCAACAAGUACAGAGAGGGCCUGCGGAAUAUCUUUGAUCAACAGAAGAUGAAACACUGGGAAGAGUUGUAUGAAAUGACUGAUGUCUAUACAGAUAGAUGGUUCUCCUCAGCACGAGCUUUCUUGGAGGAGUGUUCAAUUUCAGAUGAACCACCACAUGCGUCUGCUGAUCAGACAUCCAACAGUAAUUCUACAAGUUCUCAGCAUGUUAAUAUCUUGGUGACUUCUGGAGCAUUGAUACCCAGCCUUGUGAAAUGCUUACUAUUUCGGCUCGAUCAUCUAAUAACACCUGGAAAUGUCUACAGUUCGUGGGAAGUGGAAAAAGUGCAAUGUUUCAAGUGGAUCAAGGAGCGUUUUGACAAGCCAAAUGUUCGUUUCUGUGCAAUAGGCAAUGGAUGGGAAGAGUGUGAAGCUGCACAAUCCUUGAAAUGGCCAUUUGUUAAGAUUGAUCUGCAACCUGGAAGUCUUCACAGGUUCCCUGGUCUGUCUUUGAAAACAAUAGGCUUUUACUUCUCUGUUAUUUAUGGUAACUCUGAUUCAUCAAAUGAUGAAGAGUAGUUCACAUAAUCAGCAACUGAUAAGCUGUAAUUUUCCAGGCUUUAACUUUGUAUUCUUGUGAGCUACAACAGUUCCAUAUUAUGGCUGUCAUUUAUGUUAAAUAAUUGUAUGUAAUCAAAACCAUUAUCUGGCCAUAAUAAAGGCUGCAUUUUCCCUCCA